AUGCGAUCGGAUACUUUAGAUUGGAGCCAGUACCCGAUCAUUUAUAAUUCGGUGUAUACUGAUACCAGUUUCUGGACACCGGAGGAAGUCAAUUUCUUUCAGGAUGCAAUCUAUAAGAGUGAAAAGGAUUUCCAUCAAGUAGCAAUGGAUUUGGGUAACAAGAAGGUGAAACAGUGCGUGGAAUUUUAUUAUAUGUGGAAAAAGGCUUGUCCUGAUGAUUAUCGAAAACUAAGAAAUCUGCGACAUUUGGAUGCUUUCGAAAUAAAAAUUAAAAAGAAAGGGCAAAAAACUAAACGGAAAGCAGCAAUGUGCGAUCAAAUCCUUGUCCUGCAGAAAGCGGAGAAGUAUCUGGGUCGGAAGCCGGGAGUGAUUUUUCUGAAAUUUCGUAUGACACGGAACGGACAGUUUUUACAGAUGCAUCGUGUACCACCGAAGAAAGGCGCCCAGCCUGCAGCUGAUGGCUUCUUCCACUGCCGUCUAUGCGAUAAAUAUUUUGAAAAGGUGAAAAGUUUGAAUGCUCAUAUGAAAUCUCAUGCAAUGAAAGCUCGCGCUGAGGCAGAAGCGCAGUCACAUCUGAAGCUGUCACAUUAUGGUGCAUCCACUGCUUCAACUUCUGACGGUCUCGAGAAGACCUCAUCAAAAUCCUCACCAACUGUUGAUGCUGCCGUAUCAUUAUCUGUUCACCAGCAACAGCAGCAGCAACAACAGCAGCAACAACAGCCAAGUCCAGUAAAUCAGGAAGCGCUGAAUGUUACAGUUGCAAGACCAACAGCGCAGGCAACUACAAGCUUUGCGGCUGCAGCUGCAGCGGCAGCAGUUGCGGCAGCUGAUCAGAAUCCGUUCGAUCCAUCAGUACUGGGUAAAGCAGCAGCAGUAGCAGCAGUAGCAGCUGGAAGUUUGGGCCAGGAUCUAUUCGUGCAAACGUCACUGUCCCCGGAGCACCACCACUUCGCUCAGAACACUCUGAUGUCCAGUCCACUCACUCACGUGAGCCUCGCUGCUCACCAGGCGCUUAACCAGUCGCUUACAGCGGCCAGCGUUCUCAGCCAGUUCCCGCAAGCCCAGGCUUUGCAAUUUCUCAGUAACCUGCAAAAUCCAGCAAUUACUCAUUGA